GGACAUAUAAACCUCGGAAAGAAGGGUUAUAAUGUUCCAAAGUCGGGAACGGUGCAGGUGACGUUAUUCAAUCCCCUGCGAACUGUCGUGAAGAUGUUCGUCAUCAUGUAUGAUCUCUCUGAUAUGCCGCCAAAUUCGCAAACGUUCAUCCGCCAACGCACCCUAUACAUGCCUACGAAUUGCAAGGACACCAACCUGGAAUGGGGCCCAAAGUGGCUGAGAUAUUUAAUUCAUUUAAGAUUUAUGAGUUCAAAAUCGGGUAAGAUAUACCUGCACAGCGACAUAAGGAUGAUAAUUUUCCGCAAGUGCGACAUGGACACCGCGACGGCUCACGGGAUAGACAUGAGCUACGAGUUGCGCAGCUUCACGCACGCGCCCACCAAUCCCCGGUUCUCGCCGAGGAAGUAACCAGACGUCAACAUACUAGAAGUCAAUACAGAAAAUCGAGGAACAUCUUCGUCCAAGUACAUCCUUCAUCACAUUUGCCGUCAGCUGUUCGGCUGUUUCAUGCAGAGAUAAUACAUUUCCUUGUUAGCUCGAGGUCUAGGAACUACUGGGUGUUGUUGUAUCCGUCUCGCCAAAUGUACCGUGUAUGUGUCGCAACUAACCUUAAAUAUAUGUAUUUUUUUGACGUAAAGUAUCUCGUUGUACGUCGUUUCCUUCGAUAGCUAUGCAGGGUGUCCGGGAGGUGCAACCGAGGAAUUUAGGGAGUCGUUUUACUCAGUAAGUUUUUUGGUUACGAUGUCUACUUUUUUUCAGUGAAGCGAUUUUUUUCCAAUUUGUUAUACAUGUCAUUGGUAAGAAACUGCACCUAAGAAAAAUACUACACCAGAAUUCUGAAGCCUUGCAGGUUUUAGAUGACACUUAUUGGCUAGAAAAUUGAUUGUAACUGUUAUUUUACAUUUUUGUUUUAAUUUUGCAGAAUAGCCAAAUCUUUAGUAAAUUUUACAAAAACAUUCUGUUUCAAAUCAGUAACAAGAUAUUAACGUGUUUAAAAAAAUUGCACUAAAUGCUUUAUGAUUAUGUUUCCCGUUCAAAUUUUUUUGGUUUUUUCAAAAUUCCAUUUGCAACAUCAAAAAACAUAAAAAAUCUCACAUUUCUUAAUUUUACAACAAUUUUAUCAUGCAGGACUCAAAUUUGCCGGUCCCUUUGCGUUUAUGCUUAUUUAUUCUCGUUUCUCGAGCCUUCCAUAGCACUAGAUUGGAUUUUAUUUUUACCCUCAAACAGCUGCCUCAAAUCUGGAUUGUUAUUUGUUUUUUUAAGUCGUUUUUUUGCAGUUUUUGACUCUUGACUGAUCCGUUCCUUAAUCAAUUCAAGUAUGUACUUGCCGGUUCAUUUUGUAGUCCAAAAUGUAUUCAUAAGUAUUCGACAUCCAUUAUCAACGUAAGUUUGUGAUUGGCCAAGGAAAUCGUUGGAGACGUGGACUUAAGGAACGAUUAAAAAUGUUAAAUUGAGAUUUAACAGGAUUCAGUUGUAGCCUUCAUUUGUUUAACUGGAAUUCAGUACAAGAUACGAGAUUGCUGCGUCAUUUGCAUAUUAUAAAUAGUACAUUUUAUUUUCUUUCCAUCUUUGAAAGUUACUAUUUACUUUUAUCUAUAUUUUGCUGUUUUCAAGAAAUUUUCUGUCUCUAAAACCUUCAACUUGUGCAAAAGUUCAUUUCAUAGUCCAAAAUGCAUCCCAAAGUAUUCGACAUCCAUUAUGGACGUAAAAAUCGUUGGAGACACGGACUUAAGUGCACGAUUAAAAAUUGUAAGUUGAGAUUUAAUGGAAUUCAGUUCUAGCCUUCAUUUGUUUGACUGGUAUUCAGUACGAGAUAUGAACGAUCGUAAAUCAGCGAAAAUUUUUGUUGGGAGCUAGAUUGCUGGGUUAUUUGCAUGUUAUAAAUAGUAAAUUUUAUUUUCCUUCCAGUGUAAAUCUUUCAAAGCUAUUAUUUACUUUUAUCCGUAUUUUUCUGUUUUCAAGAAAUUUUCUGUCUAAAACUUUCAACUUGUGGAAAAGUUCAUUUCGCAGUCCAAAAUGCAUUCUAAGGAAUUCGAUAUCCAUUGCUGACAUACGUGAAAAUUGUGGAAGACAUGGGCUGCAGACUUUUUUUUUGUUCCUCGCACCAAUGUAAAUCUUUCGGAAUGCCAUUAUUUACUUUUCAUAUUUUUCGGUUUUCAAGAAAUCUCCUGAUUAGAUGUAUUGUCCGGAGUGUUUAAAACUUGUAACUUGUACAAAAGGCUAUCGAAGGCUUUUUAACAUUGAGAAAAAUGCCCGUUUUUGUGUGCAAGUAUGUUGCAAUUUGCAGAUUGAAAGUGAGAACAGAUGUAUCGUUGCACUUUUCCAUCAAAAAAUGUACUGAAAGAUUAGAAUUUUGAAUUUUUAGGCUGGUCUCCAAAUAUUGAUUGCAUUUUUUCUCGGUACCGGUUAAAUUCUACUUAAUUAUAUCAAAAGAAUCUUUCUGUAACAUUUUUUAAUGACCGUCAAUUAUAAGCUGCUUAGUUUUUUGAAAAAUCAAAUGAAAAAAGUUAUGAUAAAUAUUUUGUUACAGAAUUUUGAUGCUCUUUUUCUCAUAAAUGCUGUUUGCCACCAAUAAUAAACGUGUUAAAUUUGAAAAAAAUCGCAUGACGAAAAAAAUUCUAACCAUAUUUUAAUUAAAAAAAUUUAUGCAACUUUGUCAAUGUCGAGUUAUUUUUACGACUGUAAAAUUUGUUGCUCACGAUUUCUGGACACUCUGUAUAGGAGUCAAUUUUUUCCGAUAUUCCCAAAGCACUUUUCCCAGGAAUUUAAAAUUUCCAUUUUUCUUAUCCCAAACGCUGAAUUUACCGAAGUAAGCGAACGGCAUCGAUUCGUCAUUUUCUAAACUGAAUUUUAAGGUUAAUUGUGUACAACACGUAGAGUGUUGUAGGGUAGAUACACAGUAUUAACACAUUAAUGUUUUCAGCGCUGGCAACUUAAGCGACACUUUUCAUUAAGCACAAACGAGUGUCGUUUGUCGAGAAUGUUGUUUUGUUAGUGUAAUAAUAAGUGCAUCAUGAUUUUUUUUUUACUUUUUUAUAAGUUAAAAAAAAGUUACCAUUUUAAUUCAGUUACAGUUACAAUACUUAUUCGAUUAUUCAAUAGAUGGAAAGCAAGGGGUUUCCGUUUUAUGUGGAUAUUUAUUUGGAAGGUCUAGUAUGUUUAACCCCUUAAACGAUUUAUUUUUCCGGCAAAAUUUUGACGUUAUUGUGAAUCGUAGCUAAGAUCGUGGAUUAGGACAAUGUGUUGUGAUAAAUUAAAAAAGUUAUAUGAUA